UGGUUCUCGGAAUGGGAAUGGAACGAGAAACUCAACUGAUAUUCCGAGCAGCUGGCUCCUCCGUCCAAGGUUCCCUGCCCUCUUUGCUGAGGCUGCUCAGGUUCCGCGAUGGGGUAACUUUACUUUCACCACAAGCCCCGGUAAAGCUGCCAAUUUGUCGUUUCAAAGCGGACCAGCUACGGCCGUCCGAUUUGGGUUCAUCAACAACCACGCUCUCAAUAAUGACGCUGGCUCAGCAGCUCGCGGCUUUGGGAACCAAGAACCGAUCCAUGCUUUUGCUCACGAUAUGGGCGACGUAAUGGAAACCUCGGUUCGUUAUACCAUCGGCUCGGUCCAAAACCCAAUUGUGAGAUACCUCCACAAGACUGGACUGUCGAACCUAGCACCGUGGUGGGAGAAAUGUUACGGCGAUAUGAACGAUAUGAUACUUUUCCAUUGGAAUGACUUUGACACUGUCGCGGCACUCGCCAACGAAUUUGAGACGCAGCUCCGUGCCGACGUUGAUGCAUUCUACAAAGGUAACGAAUCCCCAAUUUAUCAUAAUGGCACGCCUAUCGCUUUCACCGAUGAUUCAUCUUAUACGCCACAAGAUGCUCUAAACGGGACAGACCAAUACGGGCAACAGUACGAGUUCGACCCGAACUCAGCUUACGGUUUCCUUGAACCAACAAAUGCUACUGGUAUCGCUGUCCCCUUCGUGUCGGAAGCUGAAUCGUACUACGCGAUCGUAGCCCUAUCAGCUCGACAAGUUAUGGGAGCUUAUGUCUUCGCUGUUCCCCCAUCGGUACCUGACAGUCCGAACGCGGACGACAACGUAGAGCCACUAAUGUUCCAGAAGGAAAUAUCCAGCAAUGGUAACAUUAACACUGUCGAUGUCCUUUAUCCGACGUCUCCAUUUUUUCUUUACGCAAACCCAACUCUACUCAAGUACAUCUUCCAGCCGCUAUGCGAAUUACAGGAGGGUGGCCUUUACCCCAACACCUACUCGACGCAUGAUAUCGGCACUCACUUCCCUCUUGCGACUGGACACGUCGAAGGCACCGACGAGUACAUGCCAGUCGAAAACAGUGGAAAUUUCAUCCUUAUGGCCUACGCGUACUACAAGUUUACUGGUGAUUCCAACUGGCUCGUAACUCACUACGAGCUGUUGGCCCAGUUCGCCCAGUAUCUGAUCGAGUACUCGCUGGUCCCCGCGGCGCAGCUCAGCACCGACGACUUUUCCGGCGAACUGGCGAACCAGACCAACCUCGCCAUCAAAGGCAUCGUCGGUCUUCAAGCCAUGUCGUCCAUCUCCAGAGUCGUCGGGAACGCGAACGACGCGGCCAAGUUCGCCGGAAAGGCGACGUCGUACUACGCGCAGUGGGAGAAGCUGGCGAUCGACCCGUCCGGGAAACACACGCUCCUCGCGUACCAGUGGCGGUCCAGCUGGGGCCUCCUGUACAACGUCUUCUUCGACAAGCUGCUGAACAUGGGGCUCGUAGCUCCGCGCGUGUACGAGAUGCAGUCGGCGUGGUACGCGAGCGUGUCGCAGGCGUUCGGCGUCCCACUCGACAACCGCCACCACUACACCAAGUCCGACUGGGAGAUGUGGGCGGCGGCCGCGUCGUCCGCGCCCACCCGCCGCCUGCUCGUCAACGCGCUCGCCUACUGGCUCAACGAGACCGCGACCGACCUCCCCUUCUCCGACCUGUACGAGGUCGUCGGCUCGGGGGAGUACCCCCUGCAGAUCGACCACUUCAGCGCGCGCCCCGUCGUCGGCGGCCACUUCGCGCUGCUGGCCCUGCGGAAGACCGGCCAGCUGGCUAGCGCCGCCGCCGGCGAUACCUCCGGGAGCUUGUUUACGAAGAACGGGACCGAGGCGCUGCCGCAGGCUGCCGAUGAGGUGGGGCCGCCGGCUUGGUAUGCGGGGAAGCCGUUUAAGAAGCGGGUUGUGAGGAAGGCGCCGUCGCCGCCGUCGUUGAAUAGGUUGCCUUGAUUGGGGAAUAGUGCUUUGUGGGCUUAUUGAUGGGCCUGUCUUUGGUUUAGAUGAACUUCCCUAUGGCUGACUGUCUAGACAGUAAGUACAUAGUAUUAUGAUGAUUCCAUGGGGGAUUUAUGCGAUUUGAUUUCCGAUUUUAUUUUUAUAUUUUGUUUUCCUGUAACUAGCCGCAGUUAUCAUAGAUAGUAUGUAAAUGGGUCGCAUUUCUUUACACACAUGCGACAAGGCUUUGCCGAAUUACAUUUCUUAAUUGUACCUAAUGAUUGAACACAUUUUGAUAGGUACUUUAAAGAUAUGUCCUCGCGCUUUUUACUAGAGUUUAUA